CUUUGAAAUGUGAUUGAAGCUGUGAUUUUUUUAUUGUGUAUUUGCGAAGGAAAAGAAGGUACUUGGCAAUGGAAUUGGAAUCAGGUGCUGCGAACGUUUCUUUGAUUGGACUCAAGCUGAAUACUAACAAGGCUGGGCUGGAAAAAGUUGACAAGGAAAAAGUCAAUCAGAUCAUUUUGGAGGCGUCGAAGAACUCCAGAUUUUACGAAAACGAGAAACGCAAAUCAGCCGAGAUAGCCAAACAGGUGUCCCAAUUGGUGGAAAAACGAAAAUCGAUCAGCCAAUCAGAUUUGUUGUUUGCAGCUCAAGAAGUGGAGCUUCAGAUGAUGUUGAUUGAAGCGCAGAGAGAUUUGAGUCACUUUGUGGUUCAUGUGGAUAUGGAUGCAUUUUAUGCUGCAGUCGAAGAGAGAGAUUGUCCUCAGCUGAAAACAGUCCCAUUGGGCGUCGGAAGUGAAUCAAUGCUGUCAACGUCUAACUACAUCGCGAGGCAGUACGGCGUACGGGCAGCCAUGCCUGGAUUCAUUGCGCGGAAACUCUGUCCGGAACUGAAUAUAGUGGCUCCUGAUUUCGACAAGUACAGAUCGGCUAGUAACCUAGUCCAAGAUGUGUUCAGAAGGUUCGAUCCCAAUUUCAGGAUGGUCAGUUUGGAUGAAGCGUAUCUUGAUUUGAGUGUCCACAUGAGUCAACGAGACACUUCAACAGAGGAAGAAAGAACAGUGGAGUAUGUUGAUCAGGAUUCUGGCGACAAGAUCUCGAAAAUUUUUGGACGGGAUGUUGAAUCUGCAGUUGAAGAAAUGCGAUUCAGAGUAUUCUGUGAAACAAAACUAACAUGCAGUGCUGGAAUAGCUGCGAAUUGUCUUUUGGCCAAAAUAUGCAGUGACAAAAACAAACCGAACGGACAAUUUUACCUAUCUAGCUCACGUGAUAAAAUUGUUGAUUUCAUGAAGACGUUACCAAUUCGAAGUGUGAACGGUAUCGGAAAAGUAACUGAAAGUUUGCUGAAUAGUCUCGGAGUUACAACGUGUGGCGAUCUCUAUAAGAAAAGAAAUGAGUUGUUUUUGAUGUUUUCGAAGUCGUCUUUCCAGUACUUUUUGAGGGUUUCGAUGGGCAUUGGGGCUGUGCCUGAUCCUGACGAUACCAAGGAAGAAAGAAAAAGCAUGAGUUGCGAACGAACGUUUCAGCGACUGUCAAGCAAAGAAGAUCUGAAGUCGGUGAUCAAAAGUCUCAGCCAAGAACUCAGUCAAGAUUUGACAAAAGAGAAACUCUACGGUCUGAAUUUGACCUUGAAGGUGAAAUUGACAUCAUUUGUUGUCAAAACCAGAGCUAUCAUGUUGCCAUAUGCCUUACAUGACGAGGAAAACUUGUACAUCUAUGGAUGUAAAAUUCUGGAUCGCUUUUUGAAAGAUCUAAAUGAUAAGAAGUUUGGAGUUCGACUUGUGGGUUUAAGAAUGGCUAAGUUUGCGAAGAAAGGAACUGUGUCAAAUUCGAAAAAAGCUGUUGCGAACAACUGCUUAAUUGAUAAGUUGGUUGCGAAUUCAAAAUCAGUUUCAGCUAAAUCGACAUCAAAACAAGCUGAAGUUUUAGGAAACAGAUACGCUGAAGAUAUUACAUCGUGUGAUCAGAUAUUAAGUUCUGUCGUGGGUGAAAAAGAUAUAGUUGGUGGCACAGAAGCUGCGAGUUGUUCUAAAGAUACCUCAGCAGACAAUCCGUUAGAUUCUUCGCUUUGUCUUUUCGAUGAUGACGAAGAUGAACUCGAAAAUAGCAAUAAAAUCACACUUCCAACAAUUGUUGAAGAAUCGCCAAAGUUAGUUCGAGGUGUUUGUGCUGAAAUACAACCGCAAAUGGAGGAGCAAAAUGAAUUCAAUUUUGUGCAUGAAAUGAACUCUGAUGAACUGACCAGAAAACAAUGUAUUAACAAAGGUCAGAAAGGACCUGUUAUAGGUCAUGUUAUAAGAAGUAAUUCUACUACUACUGAUAUUUCACCUCAGACAAGCUCCAAACCGAAAAACUAUUUGGAGACCAAUUCAGCUGCAGAAGAUUUAAAUGAAGAUUUACUUGUCGAGGAAACAUUUUGUCCAAUUUGUGGCCAACUUGUUUCAGCGAAUGAGGAUAUAAAUGCGCAUGUAGAUAACUGUUUAGCAAUUAUGGAAGUUCGAAAUGUUCUAAAAGAGCAAUCUGGCCAUUCAAACGCAAAAACUGGAAACUUUGCCAGUCCAGAAGUCGGAAGCCGUCAGCAGUCAAAAAAGAGAACAAGGAAUGAAGCAACAAAAGCGCAGAGAUCUCCGAAUUCAAGUAAUGUCGGUAAAAAACGAAAAAAUGUGGUGGAAAAACGAAGUCGAAAUACGGCCAAUAAAUCAGAUUCUCAAGCUAGUUUGAGUACCUUUUUGCGUCGUAAAUGACCUGAAUUGAAAUGAAUUUGUUUUGUUUUGUUUGAUUUGAUUGCUUGAAUAAAGUUAG